AUGGCUGCCCUCGCUGCUCCAACCCCUGCCCUCUCCCGCGGCUGUCAGUACCCACUUCCCUGCGCACGCCCUCUCCAUCCUCCAUUCAGCGGCAUCGCGGGGACAAGAACCCUCCGCCCUGCCUCCCGAGGCUCUCGCUCUCGCGUAGCGGCCGCACCGGGUCCCCCUCCUCCUACCCCCCCCGCCUCCGACUCCCUGAUCAAGGCGACGGGCGUGCCCCUGGUGGACGAGUUCUGCAACCUCCCCUCCGUCAGUGAGGCCCUGAUCCAGGGCGUGCAGAUCCUGGUGGUCACCACCGUGGCCUGCUUCCUGGCGGGCAUCGCGCUGGCUGGGCGAGGACGAGGACGGCGCGGCGCACCGCUUUCCCACGCUGCGCGCCGCGCUGCGCUCCGUCACCCGCCCCGCCGCCCGCCUGCUGCCCGCCUGGUGGCUCCUCCACUCCCUCACCACGGUCUCCGCGCUGGGCCAGGUGGCUGGCAGCCGGCGCUGGGCCGAGCUCAACCGCCUGACCUGGGGCAACGGCGCCCCCGCCCUGGCCCUCCUCCGCUUCACCUCCCAGUUCUUCCAGGACCUCACCCAGAUGGUGGUCAUCGUGGGCGUGGCCUGGGCGGUGACCAUCUUCAAGGACCGCGUGGUGACCUGGGUCCAGGGCCUCAUCCGCGGCGACCCGGGGCAGGACAGCGCGCUGUGCCGCCUCAUCCGCCCCGCGUCGACGCUCCUGGGCUGGGGCAUCUACGGCGCGGCCGCCUUUGCCACGCUCCAGAACUUUGGGGUCAACAUCCAGCCCCUGCUGGCCUCCGUGGGAGCCAGCUCUGUCAUCAUCGGCCUGGCCGCGCAGAGCACCCUGAAGAACUUCACGGGCGCCAUAAUGCUGUACACCUCCCAGCCCUUCACUGCUGGGGACAAGGUCCAGCUGCUCACUACGGGUGGCGGGAAGGUCAUCGAGGGGGUGGUGCAGUCCAUCGAGCCGAGCCGGACGGUGAUUCGGGUGGAGGAUGGCAGCCCCGUCUACAUCGCCAAUGCCGACAUCCUCAACUACCUUGUCAAGAAUCUGAGCCGGUCCAACCACCCAGUGUCCAAGGGUGGCGUGCUGGUGUGAAGUGGACAGAAUUCUAUGUUUCUGACCGCGAUGCAUGCUCAGCAUGGACGCCACACUCCCCACUCAAGCUUGUCCCUGCCUUUGAUAACGUGGUGCAUUACACGUUGUUACGUUGA